AUGCUGGGCCCAGUCGGCCACGUGAGUACUGAUGUCUUCGAGGGUUUCGGGCGCAGCUUCGAGGUGCGAUGGCUACGCUUGGACGACUUGGAUUUCUCCGAGGUCUCGGAUAUCGUCAACCCUUGGAACGAGAACCGCUCUGUCAAAGUCUCCAGAGAUGGCCAGGAGCUGCCGCAUGCUGUCGGGCGGCAGGUUUGUGAGCUCGUCGACCACCGAGUCUUCACGGCGGAGCCAUCAGGUUAUAUCGAUGACAGCCAAGAGGUGGAGACAGGGGCGACACCCCUGGAAUCUGUGCCAGCACCAGCUCCAGCGCCUAUUUGUCCUAACACCUCAAGUCAUCCCGGCGGCCAGAAUGGCCCCGCAGCCCACAACCACCCAGGCAGCCUGGCUCCUUAUCCAUUCGCACACGCUGCAGUCCCUGCAGUGCACCAAAUCGCAGGGCCUCCCGUUCUGCCAGCUUCCCCAUCCUGGGUCAUGGGGGGCAGCAGGGCGUUUGCAACCCCUUUCUCGAGCCAUCCACACCAUGCAUGGUGGCCUCCCCCGGGAAGUUUCCAGGCGGCAGCAACAGAGCCGUCCUUGUCAUCCUCCAGCGAGAGCGCGAGGCGGCAUAGGCGUUCCCGGAAGGAGCGAGACCACAACAGCCUCACAGGAGGGCGCAAGAGAAGGCGAAGAGAGGUAAUUAACAGCACGACGGCGGAACCAGGAGAACCUGCAGGACAGAGAACUGAACAGGUUCGGUCCCCGACGGUGCCGCCCAGUGGCUGGGCCGGCGCCGCACCCACAGCACCCACCACGAGUCGCUCGGUCAUGCCGCCUUCGGCUUGGUUGGGAGCCUCGCCGAACGAGGGCAGCAGCCUUACAAAAAGGCAGGGUGACCGAGACUCUCAGUAUGGCCGAGCACUGCCAAGGCAAGAGGUGAUACUUGACAUGAACUCUGCCACGGAGAGCGGUGGGCACGACGUGGAGUCUGAAUCAAAGAAGAGCUCUGCCUCUUUUUGCAUCCACGAUCACUUGCUGUUGGAAAGUUGUCGAAAGAAUCCUGAAUCCUUUAGAUGGUUUUCAUAG